AUGCCGGAAAAUCUGACGUGGAUUGGUAAUAAGCUGAGCGCAUUCGACAGCAUCUACCAGCCCUACCACGGCUACAUUUGUCUGUGCGUUUGCUGCUUUGGUUUCGUGUCCAACCUCUGCAACAUCAUCGUGUUGACGCGCAAGAACAUGAUCAGUCCUUUCAAUCAAAUACUGACCGCGCUGGCCCUGGCGGACCUGGCGACGAUCAUCAGCUACAUUCCUUACGCAACCUACUUUUACUGCGUGAAGAAGAUCUCGGAAAUGCAUAACUACUGGUGGGUCUUGUACCUGCUCUUCAACACAAACUUCAUCAUCACGACGCACACAAUCGCCAUGUGGCUCACUGUUUUCCUCGCAGUUUUCAGGUACCUUGUGGUGUGCCAUCCAACAAUAGGUUCAGUGCAUUGCAACCAGAGAUCUUCCCUGCUAACCAUCAUCUUCGUCUACCUCAUCACUCCCCUCAUGUGCAUCCCCAUCUACAUUCAGUGCUACAUUGCAGAAGAUGAUCAUGGCCAGUAUUGGUACAAGUUCGAAGGUUUCGCUACUGAGUUUUACAAAAGGGUCACUUACUUCAUAUACGCCGGUUUCUUCAAGCUGGCUCCCUGCAUUUUGCUGACCGUCCUGAGUUUCCUCCUAAUUGUGACGAUCAAAAUUGCCGAAAAGAAAAGACAGCAACUGCUAGCCAGCAGGCAGCACAUCUUCAAAAAAUCUUAUUCAGGUCACUCAACAACUCCUCUAAAUAAAAAAACAAAAUCUCGAAAUGAACGAACUCAGGAAAGCGUAAGGACAACUGUGAUGUUGGUUGCAGUUGUCCUGUCGUUUGUGUUUGUUGAGCUGCCUCAAGGAGUUCUCGUGGCACUCAGUGGCAUCAAUUAUUCCUUCUUUUUUAUGGAGAUCUACAAGCCUCUCGGCGAUAUUUUUGAUCUGCUGGGUCUUUUAAAUAGCAUCGUCAAUUUUGUCCUGUACUGCACUAUGAGCAGGCAAUUUAGAGAAACAUUCGUCAACAUUUUUUUUCAUUGUUGCAUAAACGGUAAACAAAAACGCAGCACAAAAAAUAGCAAGGAAACAAAAACGAGAAGAAAUGAUUGCAAGAAUUGUUUGGGAGGAUGUUGUGGUUACAAAAAAUUUUGCCUUACAACAUCCGCAGCUGUCAACGAUCACACGCUGAUAACCAGGCAUAACCACACCAAACAACGCUAA